UCUCCGGACUCCCGAUGAUUUUUAAAAUAAAAAAAAAAAUGUAUGGAAAAGUUACAAACAUCAAUUUUUUCCCUACAAAAUGUAAAUGCUGACAAGUAUUCACUUUCGAUCUAUGAGCAGUGAGUACAAGAGUCAAGAGUGGUUGAUCAGUUAAAAGUUUGUCAGAUUUUUGACAGUUGUGUGAUACUGAGAUUUAAAAUUAAAAGAAUUUAAAGAAUUCCCCGUGUUUAAUUCCAAACACCCUCAAAAUGGUUAAAAAAAAAAGUAAUCGAUUGGUCACUCAAAAUAGCAGUGUAAUAAAUAAACGCCCUCAAGGAUCUAUUAAAAAAUAUUGUACCGAAAAAAAAAUCAACAAGAAAAAAAACCUUUGUGUUAAACUUAGGAAAAAUAUAAGGGCCAAAGAUAAUCAAAAUGCAAUUAAUUCUACUCCGAAUAUAUUAAAUAAUAAAAAUAAAAAAAGGAAAAAAUCUUUGGAAAAUGUUGAAAAUAACCUAAUCUUAUACGAAAUCAAACCAUUAAGUCCUACAAAACUCUCAAUAAGUGUUAAAAAAUUCUACAAUAAUAAUAAAUUCAAACAAUAUGAAGAAAAUUUACAUUUAUACAACAAAAAUAAUACAGUGCAUAUGAAUGAAAUGAUGACAAUUAAUAAAACUAAAAAUGAAGAUAAUAACGAUGUCAAGCAUAAAAGUAUUUUGAAUUGUGAAAAAAAUUACAACCAAAUUAAAAAGAAGUUUAAACAUUAUAACCAUCAUAAACAUGACUUGAACCCACAACUCAAUAAAGAACAGUAUAAAAAGAAACAGACAUCUAAUAAAAAUAUUUCUACAAAAAUUUGUAGUAAAGAGGGUGACUUUGAAAAUGAUGAAGUGCAUUUGAAUUCCUUACAAUCAAAAAUACCAAAUGAAACUCAGACAAAUGAAUAUCUUGUUGAAGAAUACCAAGUUACACAAUCCACAAUUAAUGCUCUCUCAAUAUCUGUUAAGCGUUUUUACAAAAGUAAGCCUCCAUCUAAUGAUAAUGAAAAAAUCAUCAAGGAUAUGCCACUUAUUUCUGAUACUACAUUCAAUUCAAAAGCAGAUUUAAAUCAGUCUUCUUUAUCGUCAAAAUUAAAUAGUAGUCAUAAGAUAAGUUUAAAUGUAAAGCAUAUCAACGAUACAUCUAAUGAAAAGCAACAAAAAGUCACUGCAUUUUUUCCUAUCCGAAGAAGCGCUCGUAAAACAAAAAAUAUAGUCAAUGAAGAAAAACAAUUAGCCUUAGAAGAAKCCAUUGCCUCACAAAAUGAAGAUGGAUUAAAAAUAACUGUAUUCCCUAAUAAAGGUCGUGGCAUAAUAGCAGGUAAAGAUUUUGCUCGUGGCGAGUAUGUUGUUGAAUAUUCUGGAGAAUUAAUUUGUAUUCAAGAAGCUCGUAAAAGAGAAGCCAUUUACUCUCAAGAUACCACCACUGGUUGUUACAUGUAUUAUUUCAAAUAUGGUUCUACACAUUACUGUAUUGAUGCAACUCCAGAAAGUUCAAGACUUGGCAGGCUUGUAAAUCAUUCAAGAUUUGGUAAUCUUAUACCUAAAGUCGUGGAAGUAGCAGGGCGUCCUAGGAUUGUUUUGAUUGCAAAAUCCGAUAUUAAACGAGAUGAAGAGUUGACUUAUGAUUAUGGUGAUCGUAGUAAAGAAUCUCUCAUCAAUCAUCCAUGGCUUGCUUAUUGAGCUAUACACAUUAAUAUAGUUAAAUUAAUUUUUUUAUUACUACUAAUAAAUGAAACUAAAAUAAAAAAAUAUAUAUAAUUUUUCA